AUGCAUUCUCACCUUCACACCCCGUAUAACAUCAACUGCGAAGAGAUCAUGACUGCUCUCGACCAAUGCCACGCCCAGGGCUUCCUGCAUAAAGCCUUAGGGAACUGCAACGACAUCAAGCGAGAGGUUAACCGCUGUUUGGCGGGUGAGCGGUACGAGCGGGCAAAGCGCAAUCGCGACGAUGCGCGGGAGAAGAGGAGGCGCAUUGAAAAGAUCUGGGCUGAUGAAAGAGCUGCUGUGUCUGGUGUCCCGGCCAGCGCUCCAGGCAGCAGUACACCGGCUACUUCUGCUGGUGCAGAGAAACAAUGA